UCGGUGACGCUUACUUAACGUUGUAUCCAUCUCGCGUGUUUUUUUUAUGUCAAGCAUGUAUACACCAGAAAUCAACCUCAGCCUUCGCGAGAAAAACGUGAGAAGAUCUUGAAUUGAUCUGUAAAACGAUCGAAAAGCCAGGUCAUUGGAUGUCCUACCAAUUUCAUCAUAGAGUAACUGUCAGAAAUUGUGUAUUCAUUUACCUUUAAGUCUAAAGUUUUUCAAAUAUUGACCUACCAUAGACAGGAGAGGCCAAACGAACAGUACCGCAAUACCGUGCAGGGGCGGAUCCAGGGUUUUUUUUAGGAGGGGGAUGCACUCGUCUCUUGCUCUAUUUCAACACCAAUAAAUCACAUAGUUUUUUUUUUGCAGAAUACUAGCCUGCGUAGCAAGCGUUUCCGCGCGAGUUCGUCGAGAACGUCGGGACGAGAGCAAAAAAAAAAGCUUCCGCUCUAACUUUCGCGCAAUAACUCGAUUGGAAACGCUUGCUACGCAGGCUAGCAGAAUACCAGUUGUAUUAGAAAACCGCAGGUCAUCUCAGGGGGGGGGGGGGAGGGGGGUGCGCACCCCCUGCACCCUCCCCCGAGAUCCGCCUCUGCCGUGAAGGAUCUUCUUUUACCGAAUACCGUUAGCCAGAAGGAUGAAAAAACGCAUACCGCGGCGCUGGAUGAUACCGCAAUACCGCCCAUUAUAAUCCAAAUUACCGAAAUACCGCUUGAAAAAAAUUGCUCAAUACCGCAAUACCGUAAACCCCCAUGUCCCCCUCUUCCAAGAAGAUCAGAAUAAAAAAGCUACUCAUUGCGCCACUGUCCGACUUAUUUAGAUAAGUGUAUGCUUAUUAUUUAUUUAAUACUAACUAUAGAUGGUGUACAACUUUUCUUAAACGUCUUGCUACUUGUUUUUCACUUUCCUUCGACCUCUCCAGCUCGUGGCGGGAGAUUUGUAAAUUUUAUUUUUGAUACCACCGCCAGGAAAAAAAGGCAAAGGCUCCCUAGGCGAGAAUUCUUCUCGCCACUGUCGCCCACUUUCAAGACUAGCACGAACCUUAAUUACGCUGGACAAUUACCAAUGUUCUUGGUGGGGCACUUCAACUCCGAUACUAUCCGCUAUACUAUUUUAUUUUUUAUUAUUGAUUCAUAUAUGAUUCCAAGCUAAUAGCAUCCUUUGAUACCUCUUAGUAGAAUUUCUAUAAAACAUUUGCCUGGACCUACGCCUGAAAAUUUUCUCGAAAGACAGAAGGGUAGCGUCCCAGUCGUCUUUGCAGGACGUCCAGUCAGUAUUUUCUGUUAUUUCACUGAUUGACGUCUAUCGUAAAAUGAUCGAAAGAUUAUUCCAGAUCGUCCUAAUUUGGUCAGUCGGUGAAAGCUGGUUAUCAUUCAAUAAUUAAAAGUGAGAUUUUUAGUCCAAAUUUGUUGAGUUAUACUUUUUCUCCUCCCUAUAAACCGUCCCUCGUUCCACAUAGAGGCCGCCAGAAAAUUUUAUCAUAAUAAUUCCUUGAUUUCUUGGUCUAGGGGCUCAUGUGGGACAGCGCUAAAGAAUUUGGAGCAAUGUUAGUAUUUGCUGAACAUAGGUACUACGGAAAGUCAUUGCCCUUUGGCACAAAGUCGUACAAGGUUUGUUGAAUAUUUUGUUAUGUGUGAGUUUCUUUAGAGCUAGCAUGCAGGUAUGACUGAAUUAUUAACUAUUAUUAACUCUCUUUCUUCUCUUUUAAGGGGCCACAGUACUUGGGUUACCUCACGUCUGAACAAGCGUUGGCUGAUUUCGCCAUCCUAAUUAACCACCUCAAGGUAAACAGACUCCAAGAAACAAAGUACAAUGAAAAAAGUUCAUUGUGGAGCUUUGCUUCCUGAUGAUAUAUUCUUUUAAAUAAGAAAACUGAAGGCAUCUUCAACGCUCAGUUUAUCGUUCUGUUGAUAAAAAAAUGCCCGACGCACCGAUCAACAGAUACGUUUUGUAUUUUAUGAUGUCGUUCUAAUACAACAUCAUCUGUUGCUUUGCUUACACACUCAGGAUACAAUUCCAGGAGCAAGUGACAGUCCGGUUAUAGCCAUAGGAGGCUCAUACGGCGGUAAGAAAAUGCUAUUUAUUCGAUUUUAUAGCUUUAAAAAGAAAAGAAAUCAAGAUAUGGGUUUGGGCUCGUUUCUUUCGAGAUAGGAGUGAUCUUAGAUUAUUUGAAUCCUUUACGACGACAAACGUUGCAGCCUGCGACCUUCCGCUUUGCAGCAGACCGACGCCCUGCCAACUAAUCUGAACACCCUGGGCCGCAGUUUAUAGGGUCAUUGCAGCGUUGAUGCGUUGAAUUUGUUAUUUUGUAGGUAUGCUGGCUGCUUGGAUUCGAAUGAAAUACCCAAAUAUUGUUGCGGGGUAAGAAUUUUUUGUGUCCUGUUUAACGUUUACUCCCGCCGGUCUUUUUUCAUGCCUAUUAAAAAUUCAAUGCGUUUCUUUUCUACCCCAGGGCCCUCGCUGCCUCAGCGCCCAUCCUUCAAUUUACUGGUUUGACACCAUGUGAGGUGAGAUAUCAAACUCUUCUACUGGGCCGGUGCUCCGUGCAGUAGUGGGUUGGAGGAUGAUUAGAAACCAACAUUCUUGAAAGCAUACAUGCAUAUGUACAUACAUUUUGGCUCCAUUUCGCAAUGUUAGACGCUAUUUUUAAACAUGAGCAUAGCCAUUAGUGCAAAACAGUGAUUUACCUCGUAACUAAGAGAAAACAUGGGACGUGGAAGGGACCUGGCGCCUACCUUAAUUAGUGCCCGAUGACAAAGUCUUUACCUUGCACUCGGGCACCGGCGCCGUGUGCCAAAAAUCUGGCGUAGAUAUACUGAAAAAAAGGGCCGAAAUUGGGUGUGUAACAUUAGUGCCUAUAGCUCAGCAAGCAUCGCACGUAACUGCCGUCCUCGGGCAUCAAGUGUACAUGAACACUGCCUUGUUAGUGACUCCGCCUCUUUCGUAAUUGCCUUGGAUAAAAGAAACUAAUCCUCAAUUCUUAAUGUCCUUUCAAUUCACAGAAAUUUUACCAAAUCGUCACCAAAGAUUUUUAUAAAGAUGGAGGUGAAGCUUGCGUAAAUUCAGUAAAGAAGACGUGGAACACCGUCAAAGAGUACGGCAAAACAGGUGAAGAAAACAAAAAAAACUCUCAUUUAAAGUCUACCGUCGACUCUCUCUGAGAGUAGACAUCUUUGUGACCGACACUAAGUUUUGGUCAAAGAGUAUUGUCCGUCUCAUAGAAGCGGUCAAAUAAAGAGAGUAAAGAAAGAAAUCAUCAACUCUAGGUGUCCGUUUUAUCGAGGUGUCCAGGCUUAUUAUACGGAGGUGUCCGUUACGAGAGAGUCGACUAUAUUACCAGCUUCAAGGAAGUUUAGUACGCAUUACUCGUUUCUUUGCGUUUGCAUUAAAAAAAAUCCAUCAAGUUGCUGAGCUGAUUUGGAUGGUGGUGGUGUUUUCGUUUAGAUUCACCGUACGCGGUAUACAGGGCAAGGGGCACGCCAUUACUGAAACACUGAACUGAACUGAGGAAACAUAUAAACCGCAUAAACUACACUCGACUAAUCCUUUGUUUAUAUUUUUUGCAGCUAGUGGACGAAAAAAGCUAACCAGCAUUUUUAAGCUAUGCUCACCUCUAAAAACCAAAGAAAACGUCACUCAGUUAGAAUACUGGCUGAGUGAGACGUGGGUCAACUUAGCAAUGGGUAAGCUGUAAUGAUAAAUUGAAGUUUACAUUAAGGUGCUUAACUUACAAAACUGUGCAGGAUUUCCUUAUUUACUUUUCUUUCUUUAUUUCUUUAUUACUUAAUUUAAUUCUCAGUUGAUUACCCAUACCCUGCCAGCUUCUUGGAACCUCUUCCAGGUUGGCCAAUAAAGGUGAGACAUGCACUUAACACUAAAUUAUCAAUUUCAAUUAUUUAUUGACUUUUUUUAUUGUUGGAAGAUAUGUCGUCUUCGUCUUCGUUUGAGUUAAGACACAAUUAAUUUCAAAAUCAAAGUUAGCCUUAAAAGGUUCUUAUAAAUAAAUAAACGGUAAUUAGCCCAAUUAAGGCUUUUUAGGUUCUUAAAUAGGUUCUCAUUUAUCUCACGAAAAAAUACAUUGUAGCUAAGAGUAUUUAGUGGUAUUCGGCUCAUUCCUUGGGUAAAACGUGUGUACCAUUACCAUGAUUGCAAUUGAAGUAAUAAGGCACCUAUGUAUCCAAAGAGGAUCCUGAAGGUUGACUUCUGACACUUCUUAUAUGCCCAAGUGUACAGAAUCUUUUAUAAUAAAUAUUUUAGGGAAUAAUAACCUGUUUCAAAUUUUAGGUUAAACACUUUCUUGUCAUAGCAAACUAGCGUAACAUAACUGGCAAAUGACUAGCAAAUUUUAGCUAAGCCAGUUUCUUAGUCGUGGGUUUUUUCUGUAAUCGUCUCUCUAAGUCUCAGUAAGGCCGUGUUCUUCAGGCAGCAGUGACGGCUUUCCCGUGUGAAAAAAUCGGGAAAAGUUGCGUUUUGUUUGAAAAAUUUGUCUCAAAAAGUGAAAUUUUGUUUGUGGUUUUUAUUUAUCUACUACAUUUUUCAGGUAAACACUUACUGGCGCAGAUUUAUUGCAACUUCAUUUGUAUCCAUAAUGCAUAGAAUACUUAUUUUGUUAAACGAUUGAAACGAUUUCCUUGUGUUAAUAUUUUUGUCUUAGGUCGUUUGUAAAUACCUGCAAAACGAGACAUUAGAGGAUGACAAACUCUUACAGGCCAUUGCUAAUGCUGUUGGUGUGUAUUACAACAAUUCAGGGCACGCUAAGUGUUUCAAUACUUCACAACAAGCUGUUUCCUUCCUCGGGGACGAAGGCUGGUCUUUUCAGGUAGGCAGCCAUACAGCCAUAUAUAAAUUAUGUACUUAUAUUAUUACAUGUUUUAUAUUUUGCAAAAAUUGACCCGUUUUGGAAGACUGGGAUUCUGCUUCAAUUCCUGGGAUUUGCUGGAGUUUUUAGAAGUUCAAACGGAUUGUAUCACUCUGUAGUGUGUGCGAUAUGGCCGUUGCCCUCUCUCUAAUUUGUCGCAGUUGUCCCCCAUGAUUUGCGCAGGGGAUCGAGAGUCUAGCGCUCAGAGACAAUGCGGUGAUGCUUGCGCAUCUCUCGCUCGUCGUUGAUACAACCGAAGACGAGUUACUUCGACCCUCAGAAAUUCGUAGAAAUCCCAUGUCUGUCAUUACCCAACCCAAAGUCAUUAAAUGUUACAAAUGUUGGGUUUUCUUCCUGUGAACUUUAAAAGACUUUCUUGAUUAUUCAUCUGAGGAUUAUUUAUUUUUUUGGUCACUGUCAUUACAAGCGAGUAAACCGAACCAUCUUUAAAUUUAUUCCUUACAUUUUAGGCUUGCACAGAAAUGGUGAUGCCUCUCUGUUCAGACGGAGUCAACGAUAUGUUCACGGAGUCAAAGGUACAUAUCAGUCUGCAAUUAACCAUAAGAAAAGUCCAAAAGAUAGAUUUUCGCGGUCUAGUUCUCAAAAACAGGCGAAAACAUCUAUCUAUCUUAGAAUAGUGCGAGCACUACGGUAAUAUAUCAAACACGACUGCAAGCAGUCUGGGUUUAAAAGGACCACAGCAGCGUUUCCAGACACCCAGAUAUAUGUCACAUCUGAAGGGCUGCGAACCUUUUCCGAGAUUUGAGUCUAUCUUCAUGAUUGAAAUUCGGCAUUUUUUAAAGAUGAUGCCGAUUGCAUUUCCCAACCACAUUUCCGGCAACAAUUUUUCUUCUCUUUAUGUUGAGUAUUAAUGAGUUGGUUUGAGAGGCCAUUUUAUUGGUUUUGUGUGAGGUCACGACGGCCAUGUUCGGUUGCGCCUGCGCCUGCGCCUGCGCUCAAGGAUCCUCACAACAAAAUUUGUUCCCAGGUUUCUCUCGCUCCGCAGGGACGACCAGGAGAGAACCCUGGAAGCUAACUUGCGAUGAACUAAACUUUAUCUGUAAGCAAAUCCUGCGAAAACGAUAUCUAUUAUAUUGACCAUCAACAACACCUUUGAAUCUUCUUCAUAAACUCGUCUGCUUUUUUAAAGAUGAGGCUGAAGUUUUGAAUUGUAAUGAAGCAUAUUAAUUCUGAUUUUCAGUGGGAUUUCAAGGAAUACUCACUGGACUGCCAAAAGUCACUUGGUGUAACUCCGCUGGAGUACUGGGCCGAAAUUCUCUAUGGCGGGAAGAAGAUACGAAGUCAUAGUAACAUAGUUUUUAGGUCAGUUUCAGUUUAUUUUACUUUAAAUCAACGAUUAUUGGAUGGGGAUUUGGGAUACCCGAAAUAAAUAAAGUAAGUGUUAUAAGCUAAGGCCGAAGGGCGACUCAGAUAACAUUCAUCGACUCCUUGUCUAUUCCGGAUCACAAUUUGCAUGAUCUGCACGGAAAUCGAGUCUAGUAAUUGUCUUACUAACUAUACUUUGUUCUAUAGUAGACUGUCACACUGAACACGUUGGAUAUUACCACGUUUUGAAGAUCCUAGCCUGAUCAACCGUCUCCUCGACCCGCACACUCCCGAGAAGUUCGCGACUCAAGGGGGCGGCUGAGUUUCACUUUGCUGAAAAAAAAAAAAAUGUAUAUCACCUGCUUUGUGAUUGAGACAAAUUUUUGCAUAAGCACGUCUCUUUUUUUUCAGCAACGGCGAACUUGAUCCAUGGUCAGGAGGCGGAGUUACCCAGAACCUUACCGACAGCCUCAUUGCCGUGCUAAUAGAAGAUGGCGCACAUCACUUGGAUUUACGACACAAAAACCCGUUGGACCCUCCAUCGGUCGUGCAGGCGCGAAAAGUGGAGAAAUUUUAUAUGGCACAGUGGAUAAAAGAAUAUCAUGAAAUGAGGAAGAAGAAAGUGUAUUAUAGGAUGUCAAACAAAAAAGCUAAUGGAAAAUUUAAGAAAAUUGCAGUUCUGUAGCUCUUGAGAUUUUUCUAUUGUCCGUGAUGCUUUUAAUUAACUUUUGUAUCUACAGUUUCCGCUGGCAAUUUCCUGCGAGAAUUGUAUUUUCAUCCGUGAAAAAUACCAAACCCAACAUUCAGUAAUAAAAUUCUUGAAAACCCU